AUGAUAAUAAACUUAAGGUCAAAGAAACUGAAGAAUAAGCUUGAGUGCAUUUUUUGUCGUCAUUUAACAUACAAAUACCCGUUUUGCAGCUGUCUUUUCAAAUAUCUCUUUUGUGAAGCAGCUCUUGUUCUUCCACUGCAAUUAUGUCUAGAGACAGUGUUGUUUUUAGUACGAAUUUCCUUGCAAUGCAAAUUACUUCAGACGUUGUGGCAACAUAUUUUUGGUUAUCAAAAUUCCCAUUUAACUCUUGAUGGCAAUCUGCAUCAAAAUGCAAUUUUAUGGUAUAUAAUGGACCUUUUGCACCUUGUUUGGUUCAAAAUAACAUUACAUCAAAAUCUAUUAAAAAUUGACAUUAUAUCAUCGAAUGUAAAUUUUGUGUUCAUUAUUCAAGUAAAAUUGUUCCUUAUUCUAUUAGUCCUAGAAGAUGGAAAAGAUUUAGAAAGGCUUGGAGUUAAUCUAAAUGUUAAUAAUUUAAUGGAUGUAGAAUGCAGACUCCAAACAGCUAAGAAGUGUACGAAUGAUAAUACUAAAAUAUUAGAACAUCACUUCGGCCACAUAUUUACAUGCUCCUUACUGCCUAGGUCAACAAUCAAAGAUUGCAUGAUAAACUCUACAACUAAAGUAAUUACACUACCUGAACUGAGAAAAGGAGGACAUUUCGAAUGA